AUGCCGUCCUCGAGGCGACCAUCAUCAGCAGCAGCAGCAGACAGGGCCGAGAGGAUGGUGUCGCACAACCGCUACACGUCCGAGCAGAAGCGAUUCUUUGCUGUCAACCUCAAACUCUGGAACCAGAAGCUGAUCAGCAAAGACGAGGUCAUAAAGCGCUUCAGGGAAAAGUUCAACGACCAAAAGUUUGGCUACAGCCAGUAUAGAUAUCUCCGUCAGGAAGUCGGCCGGGACGUGGAGUUUGGGGCUCCCCUUCUCCAGAUCCAGGAACAAAAUGCCCUAAUGACAGUACCGCAAACCGCAACAUACACACAAAGCUUCUCAUACCAGCAGCCACAGACUGUAUCGGUGCCCCAAGACUCGUACGAGGACACGUUUCCCGCGCCGGUCGCGGAUAGCUCUCCCUUUCUCCAGCAGGACUUCUUGAGUGGAUAUGGCGACUUUGCCGACUUGAAACUGCUCCUCGGAGACGAUGCUGAAGCUGCUCCAGCCACUGUAAUUCCGACGCCACAAAGCCCUUUCCCUCUGAUGCCAGCCCAGCAGCAACAGCAGCAGCAAUAUCAACAGCAACCAGACGCUACGGACGCAUUCGAGUGCACCGGCGGCGGCUCAUGCACUAUUCCACUGGGGGCACCGCACAAGCACGAGCUGAACGGCUCGAUAGUGUUCCCGAAUGAGAAGGUGGUCGUGAGCAUGAUUGCCAUGGAGAAGAUACUGAUGGAGACAGACAAUAUGGAUCAGGAGGUCGACGGCACAAAGUCUGAGACGCUAGUCAGCAGCUGCGCAAGCGGGCCCGCCUAUGCGUUCACAGCCUCGACAUCUCAGCAGGACACCUUCACUGCUACUCCAGCCACCCAGAACAUCAAGACCAACGGGAACAGCAUAUCCGCCGGGUUCGAGUACGAAUCUCCUCUGCUGCAAAAUCUAUCGCCAGACCUCGGCACCAUCACGGGUGCAGUGGAUCUCGACAGCAGCUUGACGGACAUGGUGUUUGAUGACGAUAUGUUGAAUCAACUAUGCAACGGCACAGGCCAAGGCAUGGCCGGGGGUACGGAUGCAAUGUACCUGCCGACCAGCAUGGCGACACAGUACCCGUUUCUCCAGCUUCCGGCCCGAAACCCAUGGAUGUCGACAGCCGGCCCGCCCGACAGCGGCUUCAACUACACCACGACCACACCCACCGGCCUCCCGAACUGGUCCCAAGCCGGCAGCCAUCAUUUUGCACCGAGCACCCAGCCCGGCGGCAACACCGCCAGCCCGUCACGCUGGACGCCCCAGCAGCUGAGCCGGAUGACCCCCCAGCAACCAGCAGCCGCCAUGGCCAUCCCGCGCCGCGGCAUCGGGGCCAGCUACGCUCCAGCCGCGACGAGGCAGCAGCAGACCAGGGAGGCCGGGUUCGGACUCGACCUGGGCGUCGGCGGCAUGCAGACGGCUUAUUCCCCGAGCACCACCGGGAUCGUGCCGCCGUCACUGUGGCCUGGAAAUGCAUCACCUGCCGUCGUGAACGCUGAUCUCGGGGCGGCGACGAGGGUCCCCAACACAUCCCGUUGCUUUGAUACAAACAGUGCUGCUGGUGGAAGCGAUACGCCCCAAUGA